CGCUGCCCUCCUCGGAGCUGCAAUGCUGUCGCACAGGGUGUUGAGUAUCGUGGCCGCGUCGGCCGCAGUCUUCUCCGUCCCUGGAUUUGCAGAACCGGUCGCGGUAGACGCGCUCGGGCCUUCCGCGUUCACGGCACCAGGGGCGUUCCCGACGUCUGUCUACAAACACUAUUACAACUCUCCCACCGCGACCUCUGCCCAGCCACAGCCCGUCAUCUCUGACCCCGUAUCGCACAGUAUCUAUCCGUUUGAGUUGACGAACCCGGCGACGCUGCCCAAGAACAACACGCAUGAUCCCCACAUCUUGCCGCCAAAGGCGUCGUCGGGGGCGAUCCUCGAGUCUGCGUUCGCGCAGGUCCUGUCGAUCGCCAGCAACCCGACCUUUGGGGACAACAACUGCGCGCGCUGCCAGGCGGCCCUCCAGGUCGGCAAGUUCCUCGCGCUCGCGGCCCCGGAGGAGGGCCCUGCGUUCGCGGUCCGCGUGUGCGAGCACUUCAACUUCAACAAAGACUGCGCGACCCAGUUCGGCAUCUUCCAGCUCGGGUCCGUCGUCACGCAGGUCAUCGCGAACUCGGACGUGGGCGGACUCGACGGACAGAUGAUCUGCUCGCACUUCCUCUCAGGCCUGUGCCCGGCUCCGACCGCGAGCCCGCUUAACCUCACCAACUGGUUCGCGAAGCCCAAGCCUAAUCCGCUUCCUGCUGCGAAGAAGCCCUCCGGCAAGCGCAUGAAGGUCCUGCACCUAUCCGACAUGCAUAUCGACCCACGCUACGCUAACGGCGCGGAGGCGAACUGCACGUCUGGACUCUGCUGCCGCGAGAACAACUUCAACACCCAGAGCCCGCAGAAGGUUUUGUUCCCCGCCCCGCGCUUUGGCUCGUACCUCUGUGACUCACCUGUGUCGUUGAUCGUGUCUGCACUUGAGUCCAUUCCUGUCCUUGCAGGCACAGAGAAAACUGGAUUCGACUUUACCCUCUACACGGGCGAUCUGGUCUCUCACGACUCCGAGAACCAGCUGUCGAGGGACUACAUUCUGUACACAGAGACCCUUAUGUACGACCUUCUCCGUCGGGCGCUCGGCUCAGGGCCUGUGUAUGCUGCUCUAGGCAACCAUGACUCCUACAACCAGGCACAGGACGCUCCUCACGCUCUAAAUGGCCAGUUGGCCGAUCAGUUCAGCUGGAACUACGACCACGUCGCCGCGCUCUGGGAACACGAAGGAUGGUUGCCCCAUUCCGCCGUCGAAACCGCUCGCGCGCACUACGCCGCGUACAUGGUCCGACGCCAAGAUGGCCUGCGUAUCAUGACGCUGAAUACCGACUUAUGGUACACAGCGAACUACUUCAACUAUAUCAACAUGACGAACCCGGACGUUUCUGGCAUGCUUCGGUUCCUGACGGACGAGCUCCAAGCAGCGGAGGAUGCCGGUGACGCUGUUUGGAUCCUCGGACAUGUGCUAUCUGGCUGGGAUGGCACGAACCCCCUGCAGAACCCGACGAACCUAUUCUACCAGAUCGUGGAUCGCUUCUCACCCCAUGUCAUCAAGGCGAUCUUCUUCGGCCACACCCACGAGGACCAGGUCAUGAUAUACUACGCGAACAACGCCACUGCUAUCAGCGCGCAAACGGCAGGCGCGGUGGGGUGGAUCGGGCCCUCGGUGACACCCUUGACGAACCUCAACUCGGGCUUCCGCGUCUACGAAGUGGACUCCGGGACCUUCGAAAUCGUCGACGCGCACACGUGGAAGAGUGACGUCAACGCGUUCCCGCAGCUCGACUCGCAGCUCGCGCACGGGCCCACGUUCGAGUACGAAUACAGCACCCGCGACGCGUAUGGCGCGAACAUCCCCGGCUGGGGCCCCACCGACCCGCUGAAUGCCACCUGGUGGCAUCUAGUGACCGAAGCCAUGGAGGCGGAUGCAUCCCUGGUCACGAAGUUCAACACGUUCCAAGGGAAGGGUUCGGUGCGCAGCCCGCCGUGUACUGGGGACUGCGUCGCCGCGAAGAUCUGCUACAUCCGCAGUGGGAGCGUCCCCAUCGCUAAGCAGAACUGCCAGGCCGGGUUCGGGUCUGUCCAGUAAGCUCGAGGCCGGGUGGGGUUGUUGCCUAUGGAUACAUAACGCGCUUCUUGCGUGGUCGUCGAAAAGGGUUAAGUUGGGAAGGUGUAGCGGGUAGUGCCAUGUAUGGGCUGUCUUUGAAUUUGGAAACGCCGGUCCCACUUGCUAUCAAUUCAAUUUCCG